AUGUCGCUUGGCCCUGCUAAGCGUGCAUUAAUAUUGUCAAUAGUUGGAGUUAGUGGAAGUGAAGUACGUGUUCCGCCUGCCGCUAUCUACGGCGCAGCUCGCGCGGUGAAUUCGAAUGGCCUCUCACACCGCGGAGCCCGGCCGGCGCCCCCUGCCCCCCUCUCGCACCCCCGCCCCGUCGUCCCCACCCCGCAACGCCCCAUAAACUCGCGUCUUAAUUUUAACUUUAUUUCUUACCGCUACUGUUCCAAGAAAAUUAAGUGUGAACGAACCGCUGAAAGAUUCACACGGGUAUACUGGCAAUUCUGUUCCCGCUACGGGAACGCUACGAUGCAAAUAAAUUCAAAGAAACCCGCGACCGGACAGCACUGCCCCUCGUUAUUAUUCGGCUCUCGCGGAAUUGCUUUUAUACCCUUAAUGGAAAAGUGA